CGCAAUUUGAAUUGUCGAAUCGACGUCGAUCAUGACGGCGGUGCGAGGUUUGACACGGGCGCGAUGGUUCAGCAGCACCACUCGCGGCAUCCUCGGACGCCGUCCUCCCGCGCUGGAUCACGUUUGCCUCGUAGUGAAGGAUGUGCACAAGUCAGUUCGGUUCUACGAGGAGUUGUUGGGUGCUGAGCAUAUGUACAAACACGACAAGAAUUUUGGGUACAACCCGGCGUUCCUUCGCGUCGGAUCGGCGCAAGUGGCGCUUCUUCCGUUGGAACCGACGCAAACACCGAUACGAGACCAUAAUGGCGCACACUUUGCUAUCACAUGCGCCGACGAAGCAGACUUUCUUGAGAUCAAAGGCAGACUCCCCGAUGACCUCAAACGCGCAGGCGGGCCAAACGUUUCCGUCGACUUCUUCGACUACGACCGGCAAUGGUCGCUCUUCUUUCACGAUUUGGACAACAACAUCGUCGAAAUCGCCCAUUGGCGCAAGAGAUAGUGGUCGAUGGUAACGCUGCAUGGCUCGCAAGAGUAAAAAUAACGUCGAGUUCAUUCCAGUUGUACACAC